AUGGCAACCUGCCAUGGAAGCGACACUGUUGGCUUCGAGGGUGAUGAGGACCGAACUGAUAUGGCCCCUAGUAAAAAGAAGAAGACCAGCGAGAAGGUUUCGAGAGGCGCUCCCACCUUUGCUGCCAAACCGAAGGCUGGCGGUGUCGAUAGGUCUAUUAAGAAGCAGAAGGGACCAAAGGGAAAGUCCCGCUAUAGAAAACGAUGA